CUAGGUUUCUUUCGAAUUUUUACAAAGGACAAUGGCUUCUGCAACUAGAGGUGGUGGUAGAAAGAGGGAUCCUAUGUGGAAACAUGGCACACGAGGUGCAGUAACAAGAGAGGUUAUUUGUAACCAUUGCACGAAAGCCAUGACCGGUGGCAUACACCGACUCAAAUAUCACCUUGCAAAGAUCACUAGAUAGAAUAUUACGGUAUGUGAAAAUGUUCCUGAAGAGGCUGAGAGGGAAGCAAAAGCAAGGCUUUCCGAAUUUGAGCAAAAGAAGGCAGAAAAAAAGAGGACAACAGAGGCAAUGGCAGCCCCAAUGAGAGAUAUCAGUUCUACAGGGCCGGAACAUAUUGAAGUGGGCAGCAAUACAUCUAGUUUUUUAAUUCCUCGUAACACUCCUGGUGCGCAACCUGGAUUGUUAGGGUACUUCAUGGAAUAAGGAAGUGCAUCAACAGACAAAAGCAACAAUGGCUAGAUUUUGGUUUUACAACAAUAUUCCAUUUAGUAUUGUUGAGAGUUCAUAUUGGGAGCAAAUGGUCAGUGGAUUGACCAUUUCAGGUAAGGGGUUCAAGUCCCCAAGUCGUUAUGAGUUGAGUGGGCCAUUAUUGCAGCAUGAGGUCCAAAACACACAUCAGUUGGUGGAACAACAAAGGAGGAAUCGGGAAAGGAAUGGCUGUACCAUUUUAUUUGAUGGGUGGACAGAUAGUAGGAAUAGGACACUCAUAAACUUUCUAGUUGCUUCAGGGGGACAGGUGGUAUUUUUAAAAUCGAUUGAUGCCUCAACUGAAGUGAAGAAUGCAGAAACCUUGUGCAACAUGUUGGAUGAGGUGGUGACCGAAGUGGGAGUACAAAAUGUUGUUCAGGUUGUGACCGAUAAUGCAGCUGCAUAUGUGGCAGCUGGUAAACUUCUACAGGCUAGGCAUCAAACAUUAUUCUGGAGCCCUUGUGCUGCUCAUUGCCUUGAUUUACUCCUUGAGGACAUAGGGAAACUUAGUUGGGUGAAGAAUGUGGUUGAAGAUGGAAGGGAAAUCACAAAGUACAUCUACAACCACACAUGGGUCUUGGAGCUUAUGAGACAACACACUGAUGGUAAGGAUCUUGUUCGUUCAGGAGUCACACAUUUUGCUACUAAUUUCCUCAACUUGCAAAGCAUAUUACAUGCAUUGCCCAACCUGAAGAGGAUGUUUGUGAGUGAAAGAUGGUUGGAGAGCCCUUAUUGUAGGAAGCCUAAAGCAGACAAGGUCGUGAAGGCCGUUUUUGAUGAUAGAUUUGCCAAACUCAUGGAGGAGAUCAUCAAUUUGUUAGAACUGUUGGUGAGGGUUCUACAGAUGGUGGAUGGGGAUAAAAAAUCCCAUAGGGUAUCUAUAUGAGGCCAUGGAUAAGGCCAAAGAGACAAUUCAACACUUGUAUGGGUCAGACAGGACCAAAUAUGAACCCAUAUGGCGCAUAAUUUAUCGAAGGUGGAACCGACAACUCCACCAACAUAUCCAUGCUGCUGCCUACUAUUUGAAGCCCAAGUUCUUUUACUCCCGCACUUUCAAAAUAGAUGAGGAGGUUCAACUUGGCCUUGGCACAUGUAUUCAGAGGUUGGUUCCUGAUGAAAAUAUUCAAGACCUCGUUGUUGAUGAGUUGCAGAGGUACAAGAAGGAAGAUGGGCCAUUGUUUUCUUCACCUAUUGGUAUUUGUAAGAGAG